AGAGUGAGACUGUGACUCUGCAGAGUAAACAGCAGCAGACUCAGUUCACUUUCAGUCAGAAUGGGCCGUAACUGAGUUGAACUGGGAUAUUGUUUUCGAAGGAAACUGUGGAAAUAAUUCGUGUCGGGAUGGGACUGAAGAGGCGACUUGGCGUUCACAACACUUUCAUCCUGCUGGUUUUGGGGAAUAUUGCGACUGUAAUAUGCAUUAAUGUAAACCCCAAAACCCCAACAAUCAUCUCAGUCAACGAAUCCAUGGGGAACUUUAAAGUUUUUUGGUUGACAAACAUGGAGGGAAUUCUAAGUGAGAGUCUGACUGCUGAAGUGACAUAUCAUGUUAAAGGAUCCACUAGAGAGAAGUUUGUAGCGGUUAAGCAAACUGCAGCUAACGGAAGAAACAACUAUGUAAUACAAGGACAACUCUUGAAGCCAAGUACAACGUAUGCGGUCAGUGUGAGAAUGAUGGACUCGAGUAAAACGUUCAGUGACAGUAGUGACGAAAGGGAAUUUACAACCCGCAGAGAUGAAAUUGAAGAGAAGACACUGCAAGAACUGGAAGAAUCAGCGAUGUCCUCAGAUACUCUGUUCGCCAUCAUCAGCCUCUGUGUAGCUGCAGUCCUCAUCAGUGGUGUUAUAUAUGGCUGUUUCGUAAAACUCAGAUCAAAAUGGUGGGACACAGUGGAAAAAUGUCCAAAUCCAAAACUUCUUGAUAUGCAUCCAUCUGAGCAAAAGUUCUUGAAGACUGCACCGCCCAUCUUCUCCUCUGUCUGUGUUGAGCCUCUCUCAGAUGACAGGAGACUGUGGUUUAAACAUCCACUGAAAGACUCCAGUGAUGGGAGCCUUCAACAAAGCAGUGGAAUCGGCUCUGGCUCCUCUUGUCUCCGCGACGCCAACUCAGAACCUGCAGACAUUAUAAGUGAAGUUCAGGAUGCCACCAGGAAAGCCCUCUCUAAGAUCAUCAUCUCAACAACAUCACCUUUGACCACUGGCCUAAUGACAGACUUUCCCCAAGACAGCAGUUUGCUCUGUGCUCCUCACAACCUUUGUGAUGUACAAGAUGAGGACAUGAGCUCCGGGUUGUCUGCAUUCCUAAAUAAAACCUACUCCAUCCCCAUUCCUGGCGACCCAGUUCAGACUACGACAGACAUCUCUGAGGUCCAGAUUGAAAUGCCCUGCGAGACUGCGCACCGUCCAAGUGAGGGUGCCACUGUGAUCUCUACUUACCAACAGGCAGCACCAUGUCCACCCAUCACUUUGCCUUUCUCUUUGAUACCCACUGACAUUUCCUAUCAGCCGUGCAACACAAAUUCAGGGACAUGUUCAUUUCAAGACUCCGGUAUAUCCUCCGUCUCCAGUGGAACAAACACAACCCAAUCAUGUGAUCCUGUAUGUGAAGUUGAAGCUGCAUGUGAGGGUUUUGAAAAUGGAAAAAUUGAUGCCGAGGCCAUUGUUAGUGAUGAAAAUCCCUGCUCUGUGCCUGCAGAGUCACACAGCAUCCCUGCAGUGGACUACGACUAUCAGCCGUUUCAACACCUAGUGGAGCCGAGUGUUUUCAUUUCAGACAUGAAAGGGGGUGAGAAAGAGGAACAUUGCAACCAUCCUGAGGACCCUUACAUCAAGACCCCUCAAACAGUAUAAAACUCUGAGCUACAGAGACCUCUUCUGUCCCUGAUCUCAGCUGAUCAGUCCAUGCCGAUAAUCACAGACAGCGGCUACCAGUGCUUGUAGAGCUACUAUUUUUUAUGUACUUGCUUUUUGUUGUUUUGAGUUUCUUUGAAUUCAGGGAAUGUAAAAUAUGAGAGGAAGUGGAUAAUGCUGAUUGUUGUGUGACUAAAGUUUCUGUUUCAGUUUACUUUAAAGCAGCAGAGGAGGAGAGAAAAUGAAACUCAAGGUUCUUUUUAGUGCAGUGGAGGCCAUCCUGUGGACCACAUGAACUGUGCGAGUUUGAGUGUGUUUGAUCUUGAAACUGUAUUGCUGCCAUUCUUGACCAGGUCUCCUUUGAAAAAGAGAUCUUUGAUCUCAGUGGGACUAACCUGGUUAAAUAAAGGUUAAAUGAAUAAACACGUUGCUCACUUAAUGCAGCCUGCAAGUUUAAUAUACACUGCCUGGCCAAAAAAAAAGUCGCCACCUGGAUUUAGCAAAGCAAAUAGGUACGAGCCUCCUAUUGGAUAAUUAUUGCACGGGCGAUUAUCUUUCAGCUGGCAACAAGUUAUUUAACCCCAGCUGAUGCAAUGAGUAACUUCUCAUUUCUUAAACAACCAUGUCGAAAGACACAUCCUGUGGUCGUGGAAAAGGUGUUAGUCUGUUUAAGAAUGGCCAAACCAUUGGCAUGCAUCAAGCAGAGAAAACAUCUAAGGAGAUUGCAGAAACUACUAAAAUUGGGUUAAAAACUGUCCAACGCAUUAUUAAAAACUGGUAGGAUAGUGGGGAACCAUCGUCUUCCAGGAAGAAAUGUGGUCAGAAAACAAUCCUGAAUGAUCGUGAUCGGCAAUCACUUAAACGUUUGGCCAAAUCAAAUCGAAGAAAAACAACAGUAGAACUCAGGAGUAUGUUUAAUAGUGGAAGUAAGAGCAUUUCCACACACACAAUGCAAAGGGAACUCAAGGGAUUGGGACUGAACAGCUGUGUAGCCUUAAGAAAACCACUAAUCAGUAAGGCUAACCAGAAAAAAAAGGCUUCAGUUUGCUAGGGAGCGUAAAGAUUGGACUCUGGAGGGAUGGAAGAAAGUCAUGUGGUCUGAUGAGUCCAGAUUUACCCUGUUCCAGAGU